CAAAUAGAAACUAUUUUUAUGUGUAUUGGAUGGCAUUGUAUAUGGUAUAUUUAAUAAAUAUAAAUAACGCAACCAUUUUUCAAAUAACACAUAGUUAAAGUCGUUGAGUUCAACGUUUCUGGAAAUAACACUUAGCGAUAAUAUCAAUCGAACGAAAACGAACACAGAAACACAACACACCUCAAGACGAGAUUAUAUGUUAAUAGAACUUUAUAUUACAUCGACGAUAAUUUCACAACAAAUACUGAACACAAUAUUGAACUUGCGCCAGAUGAGAGUGAUAUUUCUUCACAGACCAAACGUGUCAUACGAGUACUUGCGACAGAAUGAAAUAACUGAAAGAGCGACUACGCUUGCGCGAAUUUUGACUGACGAAUUGUCUCACGAAUGUUAUUUCGUGAGAAAUUAACAUGUGUUUGAAUUCUUUCCGUAUUAUGUUGAUAGUCCGAUUGCCGGCGAUUUCACUCCGACAAAGUCAUUAAUGCAAGUGUUACAGUCGCAGGGUGGUGUAUAUCGCAUCGCUUUGUGUCACACUUAUGUUCAGUUAUGCAAUUUGCGUUAGAAUUCGCGGUAAGCGAGACGGAAAUUACAUAAUUCGCAAUUGGUCAUUCGGAAGGAGGGAUAUAUAAAAAUUUUCGUCAACUUUGUCGCGGUCAGAUGUGUCUUGAUGUUCGUAAAGAAAUGAUUAAUAUCGAGUCUCAACAUUUUAGUCUUAAUCGGAUUCUUUUGCUUGCCGUAGGUUUAUGGCCUUAUCAGCGAACGAAAUUCGUCCGAUUCCGCGUCAUCUUAUUUUCCAGCAUUUUGAUGAGUUCUAUUAUAUUUCAGCUUACGACGUUAAUCACGGGACCACUCUCCCUUAAUUCUAUUGUUAAUGUUUUUUGUACCGCAUUAUCUUUUUCUACCUUCGUUAUUAAAUUCAAUUCAUUUUGGAUUAACGUUCAAAGUGUAAAGUGUUUAAUGGAGCAACUUCAGCGUAUCUGUGAUGAAUUGAAAGAUAAGAACGAGAUUGCUAUCUUAGAAAAAUAUGGACGAGAUGCGAAACGUUAUACAAUUAAUAUUUUAUGUAAGAAGAUAUCUUUUGAUUCUAUUUAUAUGUGA